AUGAUUGCUGAAAGAGAACCUUACACUCAUUUUGGCAAGAUUUUCUUCGAACACCCAAAUUUUGUGGUUUCUGAAGGAAGGCUUGUUUCAAGAAGAUCAGGAAGUUUAGUAAAUGAAGAAAAGGAAGGAGCUCAUAGAUGCUUUGAUGGACAAUCAGAAAUGAAAUUUGGGGACAUUCCAUUUUGUAGAUCCAGUGAUUACGGUGAUUCCACAUGUAUUUUCACUGGAGCUGCUGAAUCAAAGAAAUUAAGAGUCGUAAAAGUAAUCAAUUUUGGGCUUGAUAGUGCUGCCAAAGAUGAAGGUGUACAAAGCUCUUUCGGGAGGACAUACUUGGGUGAUGAUAUAGGAACUCAAAAAGCUUCUAUUUCAUUACUGGCUACAAGUGACAAUGGAUCAUCUGGCGGUGUCAGUACGGCAGAUGAAGCUACUUACACUCGUCCAAUAAAAAAUGGAGAUAAAGCUAUUAGUACGGCAGAGUUGCGAGAGAGUCUUAGUCGAAUAUAUGAUGAAGUUCUUGUAUGCAAGAUUGACGUAAAGAAAGACACACCUGUAGAUCAUGGAGAGGUAACAUGCUUUUGUAUCUAUUCCGGAGAAGGAGCGGAUUUUGGUAAAGGGAAGUCUUGUAUCUGGGUGGAUGUCCUGGAUGGAGGCGGUAGGGAUAUUAUGAUUGAAUUUUCUCCUUUCUUUGAAGACCCGUCAAUUAAGAAGGUCUGGCACAACUAUAGCUUUGAUAGUCACGUCAUAGACAACUACGGGCUUAAAAAUUCUGGAUUUCAUGCUGAUACCAUGCAUUUGGCAAGGCUUUGGGAUUCUUCCAGAGGGUCAGAGGAUGGAUAUUCUCUUGAAUCACUUACAAGUGACCCAAGAGUCAUGAAUGAAAACAGUAAAAUAUGCGGGAGCAGGAAAAAGAAAGUAGGGAUCAUUUCUGGGAUCAAUCAAGGAAAAAUAUCAUUUAAGAUCAUUUUUGGUAAGGGAAAGUUAAAGAAAGAUGGAUCCGAGGGUAAAGUUAUUGUAACUAGUCCUGUUGAAAAGCUUCAACGGAAAGAAAGGAUGCUGUGGAUCUGUUAUUCUUCCCUGGGUUCAAUAAGCACCCUGAAGCUUUUUGAAAGUUUGAAAAAAAAGUUACAGGCAAUGGAGUGGAUUCUAGAUGGGCGUGCCAAAGGAAAUAUGUACAAUUUCUACGAGGAGUUCUGGAGACCAUAUGGCGAGCUUUUAGUGAAAAUGGAAACUGAAGGAAUGCUUGUAAAUCGAGAAGCUCUUGCAGACAUGGAGAAGUUGGCCAUUGUGCACCAGCAAGUUGCUAUAGAUAAAUUCCGCCAAUGGGCAUCUAAGAUGUGUCCUGGUGUUCUACACAUGAAUGUAGGAAGUGAUUCCCAACUGCGGCACCUAUUUUUCGGUGGAAUGAGAAACAGUAAGGAUGACACACAAACUCUUGAGGAGGAGAAGGAAUAUAAAGUACUUAAACUUUGAUAAAGUGAUUGGAGAAGGCAAGAAGGUCCCUACAAAAUUAGACUUCACAAAAUUGGCAAUGAAAUAGAAACCCAUAUGUUCACCGCCAGUGGUUGGCCGUCAGUCAGUGGAGAUGUUUUAAAGGACCUUGCAGGCAAGGUCACCUCGGAAUUCAAGGAGGACAUAUGGCACGGCCUACAAAGCUUUUGGAGAGGGCAAUCAUGGAAGGGAAGCUUGCCAUGCUCUAUAUGAAGUCCGCUCAAUUGACUAGCAGCUCAAUAUCUGGCAAGGAUGGUCCUAUCCAUUGCUCUUUAAAUAUCAACACUGAAACUGGACGCUUAUCAGCAAGAAGGCCAAACUUACAGAAUCAACCUACUCUGGAGAAGGACACCACAUGUUCUCAUAUUCUCAUAUAAUCCAACGGCUGUAACUAAAAUCAAAUAAUCAAUGGUUAACAAUCACAUUUCCUUCUCCCAAGCUGAUAAAUACCCAACGAAAGCCGCCGCCAACAGCAACAUUUUUAUCCUCAAUCACCACCACCAUGCUCCGCCACUUACUGCCCAAGAUUAAUGGCGUCGUCUUGCUUGGCGUUUCCUAUAUCUAUAAAUUUUCAAUUCAUUAUUUUUAGAAUUUCUCAAUUUAAACGAUUAGUCCCCUUUUCAGGAGCAUCCAAUUCAUCUACAAAUCCUAGAUUCAUCUACCUGGUUUUGAUUAUCAAAGAAGAUUUCUGAUCUGUAAUUACUACUUUAUUUAAGGUUUUUAGAAUCAGUAAUGGGUGACCCAACGAUUUGGGUUAAAUCAGGGCACUUGAUUAUUUUUUUUUUUAUAUGCUCGAUGAUGAUUUGAUGAAUCAGUGGUAGAGUUGUUGAGAGUUAGGAGUCAGCUUGAUAUUUGGAUUUUCGUAAAAUUGAGUACUGAAGAUAAGGCCGAGGGAUUAAAGUGUAGAUUAUUAGGCUUCUGUAAUCUUUACUAGCAAACGGGUACCAUCUUGCUAUAAUGAGAUUAGUAAAAUAUGGUAAGCUUGUCCUUAAAAGGGGUUUUGGAAUCAGGAAGAAAAAGCUUAAUCACUUUAGGAAUCGGUCUCCCGCAUAGGUAAUCAAGAGUUUCCGAAAUUGGAAUUAUAUGAGCGGUUUCCUUUUCCAUCAAUAAUCCUAAUUGAAUCCGUAUGUUAAGCUAUAAAUAUAAGCUGGUCGCAGUCCUUUUGUCCAAGCUAGUUGGUUUUCUUGUAAGCUUUGUUCUCUUACUUUUUUUUCUUAGCUAGGAGUGACAUCCCUUUAUCUUGGUUCAAAUCACGAUGCCAUUCUCGAGAAUCUAUCCUUGUAUGGAUUUCAAGGAUCUCAAGGAUCCUAUUCGACAUUUAAGCAAAGGAAAAGUAGAAGAUCCUUCUACCGUUACUAAAGUUUUCAUCGAGGUUCAGGUUGCAACAAAACGAGUGUAUCGCACUAAGAGUGGUUUACUUCUGAACCACCUUCCCGGUUCAUCUCCGUCUAAAGCCGGACCAAUUAACAAAUUUCUAUCGUCAUGGAGAUUGUUUCAGAUUGACUUUGACGAUCUACUUGCCAAGGAUGUCUUCUACCGUUGUUGUGAUGCCAAGUCUCUGUUAUCUAUGUACAUCAGUGAAAGCGACCACUUUGCUGCCAGGUUUGUGAAUUUCUUUAAACGUCGAGUAUCAUUGUAUUGCAAAAAAAAUUGCAGCAAGCCUUAUUGAGACGAAGCCGAAAGUAGUCGUCAUCCUUGCACGUAUCACCACCGUAUCUGUAUUUGAUCUGGAUGAUGAUUGUGAAGCAGAGCGUUCAUUAAGAGUUUGUGGUAAGAGUUGUAUUUUGAGGGAAGAAAGUCCUUACGGGGCCACCCUUCUCCCAAAAGGAGCUUUUCUUUUCAGUGCCGUUCA